ACUUCAAGAUUGUCCAGUGAGGAUAAUAAUAUUACUUCACGAUAUGCUUAGUCUGCGUCGCUACUGAUAAGACGAACAUUCGCAUGCCAUCGGCUCACUUCGGCCAACUCUGAUCAACACGAUUUCAACUGUCCCCGGUAAUUGUCAACAGUAGAAAAUGUUUUGGCGCAAGAAAAAGGAAGAGGACCAAGACCAAGACCAAGGGGUGGUCUCUGAUACUCCACCCGAAAUAGUACCUCUUGAUGGCCAGAAGACCUUUUUUCAGACUCUCUUGCCCGUCCUAGCUUGUGGCGCUGGUCUCUUCUCAGAUGGCUAUAUCAACAAUGUUAUUGGAUCUGUGAACACAGUACUCGAAAAGGAAUAUGACACUGUUUAUACAGACUCCAGCGCUGCUAGCGUUGUACCAGCUAUUGCGUUCGCCGGAACGGUCGUCGGUCAACUUUUCUUUGGAUACUUAUCCGACAAGUGGUCGCGGAAAAACUCACUUCUUAUCUCGACGAUCGUUUUGAUCGUGUUCACGGCUCUUGCCGCUGGGUCCUAUUAUCGUGGAGAUGCUGUGGGCAUGUUCAAUAUCCUAGCUGCUUGGCGAUUCUUCGUCGGCAUUGGUAUUGGAGGAGAGUACCCAGCCGGCAGUGUGGGUUGCGCCGAGUCCAGCGGCGAGUUGAAAGCGGGCACCCGAAACACUUGGUUUAUCCUGUUCACGAAUUCUAUGAUAGACUGGGGUUUCGUUCUUGGAGCUUUCGUGCCUUAUGUCGUAGCUGCGGCGGCCCAUAAUGAACACUACAGCACGAUAUGGCGAACGAGUUUGGGAAUCGGUGUAGCAUUCCCACUGGUACUCUUCGUCCUUCGUCUAAGGCUCAAGGAGCCCGAGGAGUUUUCACGAAACUCAAUGAAGCAUGUCAAGAUACCGUACGCAUACGUACUCAGAUACUACGGGUUCCGACUCUUCAUCGUCAGCUUAAUUUGGUUCAUAUAUGAUUUCUCGGCUUACUCAUUCGGAAUUUACUCAAACACCAUUGUCGCCAAUAUUUACGGGACAUCUAGCGUCUUAACAACAGUUUUCGGAUGGAGUACGGUCAUCAAUCUGUUUAACAUCCCCGGGACUAUGCUCGGUGCUCCGAUCAGCGACCGUAUCGGCCCUCGUUAUACUCUCAUUCUUGGCCAGGUUUUGCAAGCGGUCGUAGGUUUCAUAAUGGCCGGAACAUACACGAAGCUUUCACAUCCCUCCGUCGUUGGUGCUUUUGCAGUCGUAUACGGCAUCUUUUUGUCUCUAGGCGAGCUCGGGCCCGGGAACAACAUCGGACUACUAGCCGCCAAGACCUGCGCAACAGGUGUACGAGGACAAUACUACGGUAUCGCGGCGGCAUUCGGCAAGAUCGGGGCUUUCGUAGGCACCUAUGUGUUUAAGAAAAUCCAAUCGCCAGACGGCGAUCCGAUUAAGUCAGCCCAGUACAAGUUCUACGUUAGUUCCAGUUUAUGCAUAUUCGCUGCUGGUUUGGCCUUGCUUCUUCCUCAUAUCGAUCAGGAUACUAUCACCAAGGAAGACGCUAACUUCAAGGCCUAUCUCGAGAGCAAUGGCUGGGAUACGAGACAGCUUGGUCUUAAGAAGGGUGAGAGUAUUGAGUCUCUGCCUGAGGAGUCUUUGCCUGCGGGAUCAAAGGAGAAUGUUGUUCCUACGGAUAAACCUGAGUCUAGUUAGUUGGGUUAAUUGGUACAGGCGAAUUGGGUGAGUGGGUUGGUUAUGAAGGAUACCCCUUUUUGCUUGGAAAAAGACAGGUUGGAUACUCUGAAUAGAUUAUGAGCAGUGAAUAAAACUACGUCAAUUGCAACAGUGAUACUCAAA